AUGCUCACCACCGGUCCCACAACAACGAUAAUAUCCAAAACCACACAGAGACAAUUUUACAAAACAACAUUUAAAUCAUGGCUCGCCUCUUCCCCAUGUUUACUUCUCGAUUUUCGUCCUUGGUCAAUACAUCUGCGUCGACGCAUCACUCCAUCAACUUGUAUUCCGUAUACAGAACUAGAACAGCAUUGGUAUGAGCUACCGCCGAAACAAAUGCCAUUCGCCGUAUUAGAACCGACUGAUGCGCAAGGAGUGACGAAGAAAAUGUUGAUUGAUAAUGGGUGGAAUGUGCCUUGGAUUUUUGUUAUUCAAGAGGAAAAAGCGUUGAUUAAUAGUGACGUUAAUGGUGGUGCUGCUGCUAAUGAAAAAGAUCGAGGUAAAGAAGAUGAGGAAAUAUUUUGGAGUGUUGCUUAUGAAUUUGGUGUUCUCGAAGAAACAGAUGUUGCAACAAUUUCCAGUCUUAAAUCUUUUUCUAGUCCGUUUAUUAAACGAUGGACAUUAUUCCAACCAAACCCAUUUUUAAAAGAAAACAUAAAAAUGAUAGAGCAAACACUUUUAUCUGACCCUCCUUCUUCCUUUGUUACCCCUGCGUUUGAUUCUUCCUGCUCUCCUUCGAAUCCUAUUCCAUUGAGAACUUUACAUUGCUUGGAUGUUGGCUGUGGAAGUGGUCGAGACACUGUAUGGCUUUGUUCUCGCAAAACGCUUGCACAUCAUUGGCACGUGACAGCGCUAGAUAACUGGCCUUCUGCUCUUGCACGUACGAAAAAACUUGCAAUUGGAUUAGGCGUCAUACAAAACAUCGAUAUUGUGAAUGCUAAAGUGAUGCCCGAUGGUACAAUCAAGAAAAUUAAAAAUUCUAAACUAGGCGAUGAUACAAAUAAUCAUGAUGAUAAAGAAAAUAGUUAUCAAAAAUCUUACGACCUACUUUUAACUCUUCGGCACUGA